UUUGAUGAAUUAAGUGCAGCUUGUAAAAAAAAUAAUAUUUCUAGAGCUUUAUUGUAUAUGGAGAGUGCCUUGUUAUCUUCUAAUGGUGGAUUUUAUAAUGGAAAACAGAAAAAACUUCUUGAGGAAUCAGCAAAUUUUAUUAAGAAAGCUCAACAAGAAGAAAAGAGAAUAUUUUUAGAUAAUCAAUUUUAUCCUGAAGAUGUUAAAACUUGUGAGAAUCCUCCACCACCAUUGUUACUAUCUAGAACUGAUACAACCAUGGUGUUUAGACCUGCCCCAUACAGACCAGCUAGUGGACAAAAGGUUGCAUGGUAUAGAUUGUUUGGUCGUAAUGCUAUAGGUAGUAAUAUUAAAGUUCGUGUUAAUGAUUAUAAUCUACCUGGUACAGGUGAUCAGGUUCCUGCUGUUCAUACAGAGAUGCAUGUAUCUGGAUUAAUACCGAAUGAACAAUAUGUAUUUGCUGUAGCUGCAUACGAUGCAGAAGGAAAUAUAAUAGGAUCUGUUGGAAAUACAAGUAAACCUAUUUUAGCAUCCCACCCUUUACCAGUCUUAAUGACAUGGGCAAUUUUAGUACAGAUAUCCUAUCAAGUAGGAUUUUACAAUGUGACAAGACAAGCAUUUGAUUUUUUAUGGGAUUAUUUUGUCAUGGAGAAACCUGAACCAACUGGGGUUACUUAUGUUACACCGGAUAAAAAUGAUUUUAAGUUGACACUGAACAAAUUAAAUCAGAGAGCUAUUUGUCUGUCAUCACCAGUUUUAUUACGUCAGUUUUUAACUAGUAUAUUUAUUAACACUGAUGUCAGUAUCAGGGAAGGACAACUCUUCUGUGAUGUUCUCUGUGAUAAAGGUCCUCUUUACAAGAAUCAGGUGUCACGAUUGGUUGAAUGUGAGAAGUUAUUGAUCGGUAUUGAGUUAUCCGGUUGGUUAAAUGAAGCUAAUCUAGCAUUACAGUGUGUAAUACAGUGUUACGGUUUAUUGGCACCACUUUUAUUUUAUAAAAUACCAUCACAUAGUGUCAUACAGAUAUUACAGAGAAGUCACACUGUGUUACAGGAGAUACCAACAGGUUUAAUAUUAAAACGUCAAGGUCAUAUCGGUGAUAGUCUACAUCACAUGACAGCAUGUAUUACAUUUCAUAUGGCAAGGGCACUGAGAACAUGGGGUCAGAAGACAUUAGCUAACAGUAUAAAUGAAGCUGGAAGGAAAUUAUUGGCUAUUGAAGGACUGGAUAAAGAAGUUAAACAGGAAGGAGGUGGAGAUAAGUCAGUUGAUCAACCAGACAGUCCGACCGUAGAAAUUAAUGUUGACACGACACCUGUUACUUUACAAGCCCUUAAAAAACGAAGGCAUAAAAAGGUUGGAUUAUUUAAUCCUAAAGAUGAGAUAGAACCUGUAAUUAACGAAGAACUGAAAGCUUUAGAGGCCCAUAUUCUACGACUUACUAAAGCUUCUCAGAAUGAGAUGGAAUUAUCUGGUAAUGAAGAUCCUAAUAUAUUACAUGCUUAUAUAGCUUUCUUACCAGCUAGAUCGGCACAUAAGGAAGUGGUGAAGUUUAAGCGCAGAGCGAGAUAUUUAGAGUUUGUUGUACAAGUAGCACAGAAAGGAUUAUUAGAGGGUUUGGCUGAACAGGUUAUUGACUGGUGUGAAGAUUGCGUACACUGGUUACAGAAACGCAACGAACAGAUUAUUGGUAAUAAAGCCUACAUGACUAAACAACCAGGAGCUAUAACAGUAUCAGGCGAUGAUCCAAGAAAAUUUGCUGCUGCCAUGGUUGAAUACAGCAAAGAUAAGGAGACUUCUCCUCCUAAGACCAAUAAACCAGGACAAACAACCAAAAUUAUAACACCAGCAAUCCCAACUAAAACGAAACGUAAAAAAUACAGGCCAUUUAAUAACUACAGUAAUAUGUCUGAUGCUGCUAGACAUGCUAUAGAAGAUAAAGAAAAUAAGGCCAUUGAAGCCCUCACACUGUAUUUUGCUGAUAUGUACCGAUCAGCUCAUAAAAAACGUAGAAUGAGAAAAAUACAUACUGAUGAACUUCCCUGGAGAAGUCAGAUGAAGAUUGUAUUAGGGAUGAGCUAUUUCUCAGCAUUUUUACAGAAAUUAGAAAAACGUGAAAAGAUUUUAGGAUCUGCAGGCAGCAACAUGUACAGAUCGUCGUUUUUGGAUCAUGAAUGGUUUACAUUUGAAACAGCUGGUACAUUAGUGGUAGGAUGGGAGGGUGGUCCAACACGUCAGUCAUCUCGACAUGCUACAGGCCAAUCUGAAGAUGAUAGAGCUUUCCAUACUAAGUUGGAUUUUAACACUGAUGCUAAUAAACACAAAACGGCUAUAGAAAUAGCUGCAGCAGCUGUUACUGGCGUGUAUGCUCCCGUCCCGGGAACCAAAAAUCCAAUACAAGAGCUUGAUGAUACACCAAGAACAUAUCGUAGUGAUUUUAGUGCUGUACCAGAGACUCGUCCCACUAAACGUCAUCAAGAAGAUGAAUCAGCUCUAUUAUCUACUAAAGCUACUCUACAAGCUCUUGAUAAAACAUUUACUUAUCUUAAACAAUGUAUGAUAAUAGCAUACCGAGGCAACCACUGGACAAUGUUUCAAAAUGCUUGUAACACUCUAUGGAACUGUGCUCAUACUGCGUUAUUACGAGCAACAACAGCCAAUCAAAGUAAGAAUGAAACGGGUCUUUUGACUGUGGAAGUAUUGAGGUCGUUGGUAUGGAAGCCAUUUUAUCUAUCUGUAGAUUGUCUUUUAGAUAUGAUGGUUAAGCUACAGAUUAAUCUUGAUCAACAAACAGCUAAGGCCAUGAAUAAAAAAAAAGUAUUAGGGACUUAUUUUGAAGACUGGUAUGGAAAUAUACGAAGUGAGAAAGGUGGUGCUAGUCUCAAGUUUGAAGAUCCUCUAGAUGAUAGAAGUAUCAUAGAUGUACGCUGGAUCCGACGCUAUGUUUUACGUGUGAUAGAGAUGUUGUAUUAUGAACAAAAGUGGGAGAAACUUGUUGAUAUCGCUUUACGAUUUAAUGCCAUUUCAAAUGACCGUUACGCAGAACAGGUGCUACCUCUAUUAGUUCAGGCGCAAAGGAAACUAACAGGAAUCUUGAAACAGGUUGGUGGUAGUCCAGCACCACAGAAACAUUACCAGACAUUAUUGGCACAACUAGGCGGUGUGAUUUCUGCUAAAGAUUAUCUACAAUGUCAAUUAAAGGUUGAGGUUGAUAAAACUAACCUGAAACCAGUGGAACCUGGAGCUCACAUUGAUCCUCUGGGACAUAAUGUCUAUACACCUGAUGAUGCUCGGAGGUUGAUAUCAGUACCUUUAGAUUAUGAAUAUAGUCUAGAUAAAUUACGUCAAGUUUUAAUGAAAUCAAACUACUCCGCUAGAGCUCUACAUCACUGUAGAAAACUGCUGGUUCUUUAUCUAGCAGGACAACAAAACAUAGAUACAGAUAGUAUGCUUCCUAAAUCACCAAGUAAAGUUGACUUUCUGAAAAACACAGCUCAUCCUCAGCCAACAGCACCACCAGAUCUAAGUACUGAGCUGUAUUUAUCUACUGAUGAUGUCCAGACCUCACCUGUACCGAAAUCUCAAUUACCUUUAAUUAUAGAAUCUUAUGAGAAAACUAUAGAUACACUGAUUUCCAAGAAUCAGAAAGGAUUGACUGCUCAAGCAAUGUUUGAAUUAGGAAAUCUUCACUACCAUACAAAAAAUCUCAGAUUAACAUUUAAAUGGUGGUGUGAGGCCCUGGAUAUUGUUUUAAAUACAAAUGAUGCCAUCCAUUCUUGGCGUUCAACAUUGGCUGAGAGUGGGGAUGAAAGUAGGGAUUUGUUGGACCGUUGUGGAUUAUGGGGCUGUGUUUUAGGUGGAAUUAUAUCUUCCUGUAUAGCACAGUAUAUUUUAACCUCAGAUCUUGGAUUAAGAAUGGACUGCUGUUUCUUAUCAGGAUAUUUCUUUAAGGCAUUGUUUAGGGCAUCUAUGCCACAUCCUGUAGCUGAUAGAGACUAUGCUCUGUAUGAUGUUGGUGAGGGAUGUGAGGUCACUAGUCUUGUUCCUGGUAUUGAUCUACUGUCAGAGAGAUUCCGUGCUGAUGGAAGACAAGUUGUAGCAGCUUUAAGAUGGGUAACAGAAGAACUAUCUAGAGGACGACAUAACCUAUUUGUUCUACCUUUAUUAACACUUUACCAGUAUUUCACUAACUUUGUGUGUAGAGAUUUACAGAGAUCUGUAGAUGGUAGAAUUCUCAAGGUUCGAGUACUAACAGAUCUUAAUCUCUUUACUGAGGCAUUCAUCAUAUUGAGACGCCUCUUACAUGGGGAACGCCUACCUCAGGUUGGUGAUAGUGGAUUUCGACAUGUAGAAUCAAAAGUAGGAAGCAUUCAGUUUAACACUUCAAAACCAAUUCUGGAUACUACAAAUCUAAAGAUAUUGGAAGGAGUUAUAGAUAAGAGAUUACCAUCAAAUCUUGCUUCUUUAUAUGGUCCACAUCUAACCUGCCAUCUUCUCUUAGUACAAGCUCAUUUAUUGGUGACUGUAGCAGAUACACUUCCUGUUAUUCCAGCAUUAAGUGAAGCUGCAGCUCUAGAGAGUCAAUUUAUAGUAAUUAAAGCUAGAACUAUUAGUACAGGAUCACAUGUUGGUAUGGGAACUAGAGCACCAAGACUUGUAUCAGCUACAUCACAGCCUGUGGAUUUUGAGGAAAAAAGAGAGGGUGUAGGUGAAGAGAGUGAGAAUGAAAUACCAUGCUAUAACAGAAGAUUUACUGAGAGUAAGAAAAAGGUUACCAUAGAGAUAGUUAAAGCAACUUUAUUAAAUAUGGCUGAACAAAUGGUGACAACAUUAUCUGAUGUUAUAGUAGAUAGUGCUGAACACGAUAAAACAGGAAAAGGGGUAGAGAAGUUAUCAGCGUCGGAGCUUGAAUUAGUCGUAUUAUGUAAAUUGGAACAAGGUUAUAUUUCACGGCAGAAACAUCAUGCACCCCUGGCAGCUCAUGGUGUUUUCUCAGCUCUUAAACUUCUUCAAACAUCAGAUCUGUUUAAACCCAAAAAAUGUUCUAAAACGCCAUCAAGGCCAUCAUCUUUGAAAGGACAUACUAAAACUGGAUCUAAGCGUAACCAUGGUGAUAUAAAAUUAACCCAAUCAAAUAAUACACAGUUCCAGUACCAAAACUUCCAGAGUCGAUCCCGUUUGGAUACCAGGCUGUGGUUAAAAUGUCGAUUAGAAUUAAUCAAAUGUUUAAUGAUGGAAAUAAAAGGAAUGGGGGAUGUUAAAGGUAGUGAUAAUAAAUUUGUAACUGAGUUAGCUGAUUGUCGUCAAUAUUGUGUAGAGGGUGUCGGAGAGGCAGAAAUGUUAGGUGAUGUUGAGAUGCAGGCCGAAUUCUUUAUACAAGGUGCCUUCUUAAAUAUAAUAGAAGGAAAAAAUCUGGAACACACAGUUUCUCUUCUGCAGGAAGCAUCUGGUCAACUGAAUACAGUAGGUAAAUUAUCUGAACCCGGACAACAACUUGUUGUAUUGUGUCAGAUGUUGAUAACAGAUCUAGAAUUAAUAACUAAAAGUGGUGAAACUAACAUACUAGAACGAUCAUUGAAUAGUUAUAUUAAAAUACAGAAUAAUCUUCUUACACAGAUGGAAAGUUUAGGAGAGAAGAUAGAAAGAUAUAGAUCAGGAAAAGAUCAACAUCACUCAUCACUUGUCAGUCCAAUUAAAAAUAUAUAUCUACCACAUUUACUACGAUUAUGUCAACUUAAAUUACGUAUAGGACAUAGGAUAGCUAGAAACGCUGCUAUAACAGCUAGUAAAGGAUUACCAGAACAAGAUGCUGUUUAUCUCUGGAUAGAUGCUUACGGUGUUUUAGUCUCCGCUUUAGAUCUAUCUCGAUCAAGUGUUAACAGAGAUUCCAGUCUAGAAGCAGAAAUACUUUUUGAUCUUGGCAAAGUACAGAAGAUGAUGAUGUAUUUGGGUAAAUUUUCUCCAAGAAAAGCAGCAAAUACAAUUAUAGAAGCUAUAAAAACAUCUUAUUGUACAGAUCACAACUUAAGUUUAAUUCGACAAGCAUAUCUAGAGAUCAGUCAAAUCUAUCUGUAUAGUAGCAACCUGUUAGCAGCUAAAGAAGUGGUGCCUCCAGAUACAGCUGGUGAUAGUGGUGAUGAGAGUAAUAUAACUACUCCAGUACCACCUAACACUGCUAAACCACCAGGUAGCAGUCAGAGCAAGAAAAAAUGGAAGUCUAAGAAAGAGAGAGCAAGCAAGAGUAAACUAACUAAAGAAGAAGAUACAGUAGCAGAAAGUGAGACAGAAAGACGAGCUGCUUGGUUAGCUAUUCGAUGUGCAGCAGCUACAGGACAAGCACAGAGGGAAAGGUUGUUAUUGAAGGGCAACAUGGCUGUUACUCAGAAACUAACGGAGAAAGCUAUUAAAGAAAUACCUGAUUUCUUAGCUCUUGAUCUUGUUGGAGCUUAUGUCCUGGGUGAGAAGAAAAAGAUUUAUAAAAAUGAAAUAGAAGAAGAAUUAUCUACAAUGGUUGAAGCUGAGGAAGUAAAACAGACAGAUACAUAUGAAGAACAGAUUCUUAAGGCUAAAAUUGGUUCACAAGAUCUCAGUUGGAUUCAGUUAUUAGGUUAUCAGACUAUAUUACAGAGAAUGUGUAGUACACAAACAGUAUCAGCAUUUAGUGUACCUACAGUACCUGAUACCAAGAGCAAUACACAGGUUGAUGGUGGAGAUCUUGGUCCAGAUUUUGAUCUAGGUUUUAUCAGCCACGCUCAGUCAAGUACAACAUCAAAUAAUGAAUUGAUUAAAUAUAUGUUAUGUUCUGGACCAUGGGUGGCCCGUAUGACAUCCAUGCAUCAUUAUUUAGCAGCUAAUUUACCAAGCUACUCUGCAAACUGUUGCGCCAUCUAUCCACCUGCAGGAUUAAUGUUACAGGUUCCAGAAACCCCAACAAGCACUGCACCUACUAUUAAAUCUUACUCAUCAAAUAUGAGUGAGGCCACUGAACUAGAUAUCGAUAGCUCCACGUGCAGUUUAGUUGACGUCAAGACAGUAGCUCCUCCAGGAUUUAUAAAAGAACCAUACAUGCCAUCAGAUAAAACUAUCAUUACCCCAGACGAUAAUGAGAUCUGUGUACAGUGGUAUCAACCAACACUAGAGGAAUCGGAUCCUUCCCAACCCGACUCACCAGAUAAAAAGAUCAUGUUAUUAUUUGCCUUAUUUAAGAAGAAUGUAUCUGCUAUCUUUUCUCCAGGGUAUCUAUGGGUAUCUUUGGCUCAGUUAAAUGAUUUGCAUGAUAGAUUGGCUGUGUUAACUCAAAGAGGAGAGAUAUCACUAUUGGAUAAACAGAAGAAAGAACCAUCUUUAUCCAGUAGUCAAACUAAACUUAAAAAAACACAGAGAAUUAAACCUCUUAGUCCUAAAUUACAAAGAGAUGAACUGUUGGAGAAUUUAUUAAGCCAGUGUCUAGAAGACUGUUGUUUACUGCUAGCUUCACAAACAGAACAAGAUUCACCAUUAGAGAUACCAUUUGAAGUAAAUAAAACAAACAUCAAGACUUUAGAAGCUAUGUUUGACCCAGCUCUUGGUCUGAUACUUAAAAAUGGAGAUCUGUUGUCAUGGCUCUUUAAAUUGUUCCCUUAAAUAACAACAUUCCUUUCAUUUUGUGGUUUUGUGGUAAAAGGAUGGAUAAAUCACAUUACAAUUACCAUUUAAAAUCUUUUUCUUCAGUGAUGAAAUUUGUACAUAUUUGAUUAUGUGGUAUACUUUUAGAUAUCAUAAGCAUUAUAACAUUACUUGGCAUAUAUCUGGCAUAAUAUAAAUAUCACAUCAUGAAUUUUACAUCUGAAAUAUUGUCCGAGGGUCUACAGAUAUGCUUUGAUAUGAUUCUAAAAUUAGUAAAAUCAUAUGUUAUUACUGUACGGUAAUUAUAAUGUUUCUUUGAGCAGAAAUUACAUUAAAUUAUCUCUCAUAAAAUUUUCCUAAAAUCAGCAAUUGAUUUUAUACAGUUAUGUACAUUAUUAAUAGAUUUCUAAAAUAAGAGAAUGAUAUAUUUGAUUCAUGUUAGUACCUGAUUAACUUACAUCUUAUCUGAAUGUGUGAUAUGUAAAUAGAAAAAAGUUAUUGUCAUUCAAAUAUAUGUACAAUUUGUUUUCAUUGUUGUUUUAUAUAUAAUUUUAGAGAAAUAAUUAAUGUAAAUUUUGUAUUUCUAUUUAUUGUAAAGUUAUUUAUAUUUUUUAUAAACUGUGAUAAAUUUCAGCAUUAUAAAUUAUCAAGAAUAUUUAUGUCCAUACUCCAAAUAAAUUGUUUUGUUAUUUUUUAAAUCCCAUCACUGACUACAUCUAACAGGUUUCAUUUUAGGCUAUUGUCACUUAUGUUUUUGAAUUUUCUAUUUGCAUUUUGGCAAACUUGAAAAAAACAAGGACCAAAACAUGUCAAAUUUUUGUGAAAAUAUGUGUGCAGUUUGUGUAAACAUGAGUGCCACUGCCCAGAGUAUAAUUCCCUGUCGUGUACAGAAAAGUUUGCCAGGACAAUAUGUAUGUUAGAUAAUGAUCCAAACCAUCUGGGGUGGGUGGAGUAUACAAACAAUCUUGUGGUCAGCGGGGGAUGAUCAAGUGGUCUAAUGCAUGUGCUGUAUAUCAUAAGGCCUAUUGUCUAUGUAUGUCAUGGAUUCAGCCCCAUGCCUUGAAUGCGACAUGUCAGGUCAUCUGUCUAAACAAUUAUUGAAUAUGUGACGCGAGUCAAAAAUUAACCUAAUUAGGUCAUGUAGGAAGAGAGAAAUCAACACUUCUGAAAGACCAUACACUAAAAACAACUUAGUGAUUCAUAGGGAAUGGAUUUUAAGACUGGCCUAGAAACUGCUGACAGAUCUUUCUGAUAAACCAAAGGAUAAUCUCUUACAUUAAACUAUUUGAUAUUU